AUGGCGGCCACCCUUGUCCCCGCGGACGUCAAGGUGCUCGGAAACCUGGCCGGCAAGACGGCGAUUGUGACGGGCUCGUCGAGGGGAAUCGGCGCCGGGAUCGCAAUCGAGCUGGGCCGUCGCGGUGCCAAUGUGGUGGUGAACUACACGAGUCAGCGAGGUGCCGAUGCCGCGGUCAAAGUGCUGAAAAGCAUUCAAGAUUGUGGCAGUAAGGCCGCGCUCGUCCAAGCCGACGUGACCAAGCUCUCGGAUCUACAAAAGCUGGUAGGUGCUGCCCUCUCGAUUUCGCCGAAUGGGACGAUCGACAUUCUCGUCCACAAUGCCGGUAAUGGCGACGACUGCUAUCUCGCCGAUAUGACCGAGGAGUUCUAUGAGAAGCAGUCGGACAUCAACCUCAAAGCGCCGAUUUUCCUCACCCACUUGGCUCUGCCUUACCUGGCCCAGGGUGGGCGCAUCAUUCUCAUGUCUUCGGUGUCGGCUCGCCUCGGAGUGCCGCAGCAGACAGUCUACGCGGCGACAAAGGCCGGGUUAGAAAGUUUGUGCAAAGUCUGGGCCACGGAGUUGGGUCGCAAGUAUAGUGUCACAGUGAACUGUGUCAGCCCAGGCCCCAUUUCAACGGACAUGUGGUGGGAUAGUGAUCCGGCACUGCUGGCGGAUUUCCAGCCCAUCAUCGAUGCAACACCGGCCGCUGCUAGAGUUGGUGAUGUGGGAGAUGUGGUGCCCAUCGUCAUGUUCCUGUGUUCGGAGGAAAGUCGAUGGGUAACUGGUAGUGUGGUCAGCGCCAGCGGGGGAAUGACUUUUAUCUAA